CAGAAACGGUGUCGUUUGCGUCCAUCGUGUUAUCUUCUUCUCAUCGGACGAGGAAACAGAAAAUUAGGGUUUCACAUCUAUCUUACAGAUUUUGCAUCCUCUUCCUCCUCAAAGUCAGGUCCUUUCUUGUUGGUAGAUACUAAAUUUCAAUGGAAUUGUACUUGUAUCCUGCAAUGGCGGAUUGAUUCUUCUCCAAACAGUGUUUUGUGACAUGGUUACUGUUGAUAAUCUGUUGAACCUCACUAUAAUUUUUGACAAGACAUCUUUCUUGGCUCAUCCAAGGUCUUGUGUGCUAUCACCACCAACUCUUAGACCUCUCUUACAUGAAUCUUUUCUGAGAGAAGACAAGUUCGAACAUGGGGGCUCUUGCUCAGGUUGUUCCCUGGAUACCCGAAGACGACCUGCUUCUAAAGAACUCCAUAGAGGCUGGUGCGUCUUUGGAAUCACUUGCUAAAGGCGCUGUGCAGUUUUCUAGGAGAUUUUCUAUCAAAGAACUUCAAGAUCGAUGGCAUGCACUCCUGUAUGAUCCAGUAGUUUCUGCAGAGGCAGCUUUUCGAAUGGCUGAGCUUGAACGUACCAACCAUAAUCUUCCUACAAAGUUUGUUAGAACUGGAUCAAAGGAAAACAAAGGCUCUUCAAGGAAGAGAAAGGCUGAACAGCUCAGAAGGACUUAUCAUACCUUAAGGAAGAAAUUUCAGACUGAGUCAUUCAAUUCCUUGGACUUAGGAUUCCUUGGCCCGGGAAAUGACAGCCAUUUCAUGGAUAAUGGUGGUGAUGCAACUCAUCUUGGUCUUGAAGACUCUCACAUGGACAUUAUCCACAAUGCUUUCCCAGAUAUCUUGGCUGAUGGGGGUUGCAUGACUAAUAAUGUUAUGUCAGAAGAUAAUGUACAGGGAAACAUCUCCUACGUAGGAGGAGGAGGAGAUCUUACGUUCACUGAACAUGCAGGUCCUUCCGAAUGUGAUGCGGUUCAUCAAGAUUCCAAGCAGAAACUAGAGCCGAAAACCACCAUGGCUAGCACUGAUUGUUUCCUGGCACAGCUUUCAACUUCUCUUUUUGAAGACGAGGAACCGCUCAUGGAAGUAGAUGGCAAAGAAGUUGACAAGUUGUAUUACGAUGGUCUCACCUCACUGUUGGUGAAUACAAAUAGCAGAGCUUUGCCUAUUACCACAGGAGAAGCUCCUUCCAGCUCACAAGUCCAUCCUGUUAAUGAUGCUCUGGAUGGCCAUGUGAUGCCUGAGGUACAUGGUACAAGUGCAGUGAGGUCAAUGGAGUGCAAACCUGUGUCUGACUCAGCUGUUCUUGAUCCUCAUCCUGAGGUUGUUGAUGGUGUAAUCUGCUGUGUAUUAAACCAAGAGGAUCCUGAUAUUCCGUGUAAUGAUGACCUUUUUGUGUCCAACACCUGCCAUCCAAUGUCAGUUUAUUCGUUAGCCCGGCGAAAUUUUAAAGAUACAAAUAAUCCAGGAACUUCAUCUAUUAGAGAUCUCUCUGCCACUAGGGAAGGACAUACACAAAAGAAAACACCAGGACGUUUGCAAGGGUCUUCCAAAGGAAAGAAAGAGAUUGGUCAAUCAAGUCAAGGUGACUCACAUAAUACUCUUCCUCCUGCUGGUUCUGCACAGGGAUGCUCAAACACUCUGCUUUCUGAUGAUGCUGGUGAUGCGAAAGAUGGAAACAAAGGUAUGGCCGGUGGAAAACGCAUCGUUGGACAUGAUGGAAAUGGAAGCUACACCGAGAAGGAAAGUGGAAACAGUAAAGAGGAAAAAGGUGUUAUACCUAUAGAUGAAGUGCCAGAAGCAAAAGAUGCUGAUGUUGGCUUGAUAGAGAUCCCAGACCCUAAGCUGGAGAUUGCUCAAACAGAAGCAGGUGAGUAUGCUUUCGAGAGUGACGAGGAGUUGCCGAACUAUUCUGACAUUGAGGCUAUGAUUCUUGACAUGGACUUGGAUCCUGAUGACCAAGAUAAUUUUGAUCUCGAAGUCUCCAAGUAUCAGAGCCAAGACAUGAAAAGAACAAUCAUAAGACUUGAACAGGCUGCUUAUUCAUAUAUGCAAAGAGCCAUUGCUUCCCGUGGUGCAUUAGCUGUUUUGUAUGGUAGAUAUUCAAAACACUACAUCAAGAAACCUGAGGUUUUGGUGGGUAGAUCAACAGAAGAUCUCGCGGUGGACAUUGACCUGGGAAGAGAAAAGCGUGGCAGCAAAAUAUCUCGACGCCAGGGGAUCAUACGGUUGGGUGAUGACGGGUCGUUUCAUAUAAAGAACCUGGGGAAGUAUUCAAUCUCAGUUAAUGAAAAGGAAGUAGAUCCUGGACAGAGUUCAAUCCUCAAAUCUGAUUGUCUGCUUGAGAUACGGGGGAUGCCUUUUAUAUUCGAGACAAACCAAAGUCGCAUGAAAGAGUACUUGAAGAGAACAGGGAAAGGGAACUAAGACCAGAACAAGAAGUGAGUGUUCUUCAUGUAUUCGCUUUUGGAGAAGUUGAAUGAUGUCUCUCUUGUAGUCUUGUGUAAUGUUACCUAAACCACAUGAACAUGUUUUGUAGAUCUUUUAUUACAUUUUUAGUUCCGCAACAUGCAUAGCUGACCAAGUUUUU